AUCGACGAAACCGGUAGCAGGUCAGUGGCGGAUCGUCGACGAGGUGCAGGUUUUUGUUCAAUAGUUAAUUUUACCCCAGCGACCUCAUGCAGCGUCAUGUCUUGUCACAAGCGGCUAUCAACGGAGACUAACAACAAUAAAAACAACAGCAACAACAAUAGAGUUAACAACAAAAAGGCAUGGCUAAUUUUACUGCUGUCUACCGCAUUAGCCGUAGCAAAUGGGCAAGCAGAGGCAAAUGGCAAGCCACAUAUUAUUAUCAUUAUGGCAGAUGAUAUGGGCUUCGAUGAUGUGAGUUUUCGCGGCUCAAAUCAUUUUCUCACGCCCAAUAUCGAUGCACUGGCCUAUAGCGGCGUCAUACUGAACAAUCUCUAUACCCCCGCAAUGUGUACUCCCAGUCGUGCAGCUCUGCUCACUGGCAAAUAUCCCAUUAAUACGGGUAUGCAGCAUUAUGUAAUUGUCAACGACCAGCCCUGGGGCUUGCCCCUGAAUGAGACAACCAUGGCGCAGAUCUUCAAACAGAACGGCUAUUACACGAGUUUGCUUGGCAAGUGGCAUCUGGGCAUGUCCAGACGCAACUUCACGCCCACAGAACGCGGCUUUGAUCACCACUUUGGGUAUCUGGGUGCCUAUGUGGACUACUACGAUCAGACCCUUAUGCAAAAUGGCAAAAAUUAUUCCCGCGGACACGAUUUUCGCUCCAACUUGCAAGUGUCCCAUGAACAUGUGGGAGAAUAUUUGACUGAUGUGCUCACCGAGGCUGCUGUACAGCUAAUCGAUCAGCACAAUGCCACGGCGAAGCCACUCUUUCUGCUGCUCAGCCACUUGGCGCCACAUGCGGCCAAUGAUGAUCAGCCCAUGCAGGCACCUGCGGAAGAAUUGGCACAGUUCGCAUAUAUCAAGGAUGAGACCCGACGAUACUAUGCGGCCAUGGUCUCGCGUCUGGACAAGAGCGUGGGUCGAGUAAUUGAUGCGCUGGCCCGUCGCCAGCUCCUACAACAGAGCAUUGUGCUCUUCUUAUCUGACAACGGAGGACCCACUGAGGGUAUGCAUGCCACAAAAGCAUCCAACUAUCCACUUCGAGGGCAAAAGAACUCGCCGUGGGAAGGGGGAAUACGCUCCUCAGCGGCCAUCUGGAGCACCGAGUUCGAAAAGCUGGGCAGCGUGUGGAGGCAACCCUUUUAUAUCGGCGAUCUACUGCCCACAUUAGCCGAGGCGGCGGGCAUAUCACUGCCACCUACCCUUAAAGUGGAUGGCCUGAAUCUUUGGUCAGCUCUCAAGUACGGCUACGAGUCCGUGGAACGUGAGAUUUUGCACAACAUCGACGAGACAGACGCCUACUUUGCCUACACCAAGGGCAAGUGGAAGGUGGUGAAUGGCACCACAGUUGAAGGUGCCUACGAUGGGUGGCUGGGUAGUCGCCAUGCCACGGAAAUAGAUCCCCGUGCUGCCAGCUAUGAGCAGGUCAUUCGAAACACCAGCGUCUGGCAGCAUCUUCAGGAGGUAAAUAGAGGGGCGGAGCGCAACAUAACUGCUCUCCGGCAGCAAGCACAACUGGGCUGCUCAGAGUUGCCGGGCACCCCUUGUCUACCUCUGAAGGCGCCCUGUCUCUUUGACAUUGAUGUGGAUCCCUGCGAACUGAAUAAUUUAUAUGAAGAUCAUCGCAAUGCCAGCUUCUUUUUGGACAUGUGGGAUCGCAUUGAACAAUUUGCUAAACAGGCGCAUCCGCCCGCCAAUAAACCUGCUGAUCCCAAGUGCGAUCCACGUUACUACAAAAACGAAUGGACAUGGUGGGAGGACGAACAGCAGGCUGGCGAUGUUGGUGUUGGCACAGGUACUGCCUCCAAAUGCUUAUGCGUCAAUAAUUUGCCGUUUAUAUUGUUUAUUUUCCUGGCAACGCUUACCGGCCUAUGGCUGUGAAAAUGUUAGAGAACUACUAUAAUUACAAAAGAAUAGGACUAGGAAUAGUAAUGCCAGGCUCAAUUGAUUGCCAUAAUCUUGAAUCACCAACUGCAAUGGAACUGUAUAUUCUAAUUGAAAAUUGAACCGUGGAUCCUUACAGAUUCGACAAUUGAUCUUAAAGUGGAAUGGAAAGCAGAAGCAUCUCGAUUCUUUGCCUAAAAUAUGAAUAGAUUUAAUAAUAUCCAUACAAUAUUAAGUAUUAUGUACAUACGAAUCCUAUCACAGCUAACAUAUUGUUAUUUAUUUAACCAAAUGAAAAUGACAAAAAUAUAUCUUACAACACGUGAACAGAUAA